AUUCUCAAGCUAGUGAUUGUAUUUAGUAUUUUAAUAAUAAAUGGCAUUAAUUAAAUAAUAACAAGAUGUUUUUAAUCCUUCAUGUAUUUAUUUUAUUAUGUAGUCUAUGGAUAUCAGAUGCUGGCUAUGGAAUCUAUUCUAGUGAACAAAAUCCUCAAUCCGACGUACAGGCACCUGCAUACUUACCUCCGAAUCUGAAUCGCCAAUUUUCGAAAACCGCGUAUACUCCCAGGUACAAUGGAAGGAAAACAGUACCUAGGAAGACUUAUAGUGGCACCAAGACCGCUGGUACUAAAACUGCGUAUGGCGAGAGGAGGUCGUGGCAGAGUUCAGGAAUGGCGCCAAAUUACAAGGAAUUCUACGGCAACGCCAACUCUGCUUACACCGCAAAAUGCGAUGUAGAAUGCAAGAACAACGGCAUUUGUAUCGAUACGAACACGUGUCUCUGUCCGCCGAACUUCGACGGCAAGUUUUGUGAGUUUGAAAAGAAGCCUUGCCUCCUCUACCCACCAACUCCGCAAAACUCAAUCAAAAAAUGUUCAGCUGAAAUGUGUACAAUACAAUGCGUCAAAGGUCACAAGUUCAUCGAUGGGACAGCGGUGGCUAAUUUGCGUUGUGUGAAUGGCCACUGGCAGCCAACGCGUGCGGAUAUAACUUCGAUUCCCGACUGUGCACCUGAAUGUGACCCACCGUGUGUUAAUGGAGGAGUUUGUCUUGCUGUCAAUACUUGUCAAUGCCCCUCAGAAUACAGAGGACCGCAGUGUCAAUAUGCUGCAACCGUUUGUGAUAUCCGUAAGCUGGCGUUCAAUGGUGGCUACAGUUGUUUUGGUGAUAUGGAGAAAUUCUCUUGCAAACUCACCUGCCCUACUGGCGCGUCCUUCAGCACUCCUGCUUCUGAAUUAUAUACCUGCUUAUAUAGUACUGGAAUAUUUGAACCACAGCCUAUACCACAUUGCGUUUUUGACAAAGUCGUCAUUAUAACACCAAGCAACCAUCACUAUACUGACACUUAUUAUUCAAUAUACACCCCAAAUGCUACUGAGGUGACAACACCGCAUUCUGUGGAAGGCCACCCAAUAAUCGUGGUACAAGAUUUGACCCCCAAAGGAGGAAGCUGUUUGACCUGGGCCGGUACUCAUUAUAAGACCUUUGAUGGCAAGAUUUACAGCUUCGAAUCUCCCUGCCAACACAUCCUAGUACGCGAUUCUUUAGACCACAAGUACACCGUAGCUAUCCGACAACCGGAGUGCAAGAGAAGUGGAUAUUGCCCCUCUGAGAUCACAAUAUAUUUAGAGGAUAAGAUGUACGCGCUUAGUAUUGGAGAGGAUAACGCAGUGAUUUUCCGUAAUACAAAACGUCUGAUUCCUAUUCCUGCCUCUCUGCCCGGAAUAAGAGUGGAUAUGCCGACGGACUUGAUCAUUGUAAACCUGGACUUGCUAGGAGUGACUAUCAAGUGGGAUCUCAACAAUUUGAUAAUAGUAGAAGGGACAGUAUCCCUUUGGAAUAAGACAGAAGGUCUGUGUGGCACGCUGGACAGCAAUCCCGAGAAUGACAUGACAACAAAAGAAGGACACAUCGCUAAAACUAAAUCCGUUAUGAUCGCUUCCUGGCAGCUCAAUAAAAUUGGUGAUAUAUGUGACGGUGCAACAAAGGAAAUGAGCGCGUGUAUAGAGGAGACGGACGUAGCCGUCAAGAAGGCGGUACAGUUCUGCGCGAGUAUCUUCAGCAAAGACAAGUUUAGGAAAUGCUCUAAGGUAAUGGAUGUAAGUCAGCUGCUAGAAGCAUGCCAGUGGGACUACUGCGCCUGUACUGAAAGCUUAAGUGCAGAAGAAUGCGCAUGCCGAACAGUGGCAGUAUAUGCUAAGGAAUGCUUUAGACACGGAGUUGAGGAGAUGCGGGCCUGGAGGGACUCCGAGACUUGUCCAAUGCAAUGCCCCGCUGGUAAAAUCUACCGUUCAUGUGGACCUGAUACCCAACCCAGCUGUGCUUUCCCAUACGCUGCGCCCCUGAACGAUUCUUCGUGCGUGGAAGGCUGCUUCUGUCCUGAAGGUUUACUUCUGGAAGGAGGAAAGUGUGUGCAAAAGAGCGAGUGCCCCUGUAGAGCUAGGAAACAGAUCUUCCCACCGGGAGCCGUAGUUCCUAAGAGCUGUAAUACUUGUACGUGCCAAGCAGGUGAAUGGAUUUGCACGCAAACUCCGUGUGGUGCACGUUGCGGUGCCGUUGGAGAUCCCCAUUACACAACGUUUGACGGACUCAGAUACGACUUCAUGGGCCAUUGCACCUAUACCCUGCUCAAAUCUGACAAUUUGACCAUUGAAGUUGAAAAUGUCGCCUGUCUAGGGUCUAUUACUGAGGCUAUGAAUCUAGCUCCAUACAAGGGUGAAGGCAAGCCAUCGUGUACAAAAGCUGUAAGCCUUGCUUAUAAGGGAGCCAAUAUUCAUAUGAAACAAGGCGGGUUUAUUCUGGUCAAUGGGAAGGAAAUAUCGUCACUUCCUGUCACAGUCGGAGAUAUAAGGAUACGGGCUGCUUCAUCUUUGUUUAUCAUCAUUCAACUCCCGAUCAAGGUGGACUUAUGGUGGGAUGGCAAUACCAGAGUAUUUGUCGACGUCCCUCCUGCAUUUAGUGAUAAAACAGCUGGUCUAUGUGGAACGUUCAAUCUGAACCAGAAAGACGAUUUCCUCACUCCCGAGGGUGAUAUAGAACAAACGGCUCUAGCGUUUGCAAACAAAUGGAAGACUCGCGAGUUCUGCGAUGAUACUGCGAUUGUCGAGCCAGAGCAUCCGUGUAAAGCUAAUGUUGAGAAUAAGGCCGCCGCUGAACAGUAUUGUGCGAAGCUCAAGACGAAGCUCUUUGAAUCGUGCCACUGGUACGUGGACGUUGAGCCGUACUACGAGGCGUGCGUGUACGAUAUGUGCGCGUGCGACGGAGAUGUAUCGCGCUGCCUUUGCCCCAUAUUGGGAGACUAUGCUAUGGCUUGCGCUAAAGCCGGCGUCAUGGUACAGUGGAGAUAUAAUGUUAAGGAGUGUGAACUGCAAUGUACGGGUGGGCAAGAGUACACAGUUUGCGCAGAUAGUUGUCUACGUACUUGCUCUGAUUUGGCGCUUUCGGCUACGUCACAAUGCAAGCCGUGCUGUGUUGAGGGAUGCGCUUGCCCACCGGGACAGGUAUUGGAUAAUAAUAACGAAUGUGUACCAACUGGCCUGUGUCCGUGUUACCACAAGGGAAUGGAGUUCAAAUCUGGGUAUAAAGAAGUUCGCGCUGGUAGACGAGAGCGUGAAUUAUGCACGUGCGUGGGUGCGAAAUGGGAAUGUGUGCCAGCGACACCAGCGGACAUACAAGCGUACCCGCCCGCUGAGGACCUUCGCAAUAACUGUAGCUCUGCAAACAAUAUGGACUUUACCACUUGCCUUGUUGGACAACCACUUACGUGCAAGAACAUGCAUCUACCCCAAUCGGUAACAACAGAAGAAUGUCGUCCAGGUUGCCAGUGCAAAAAAGGUUAUGUACUCGAGAGCACAUCGAAGAAGUGUGUGUUGCCAGAAAGUUGUCCAUGUCAUCACGGUGGUAGAAGUUACCCCGAUGGGCACACAAUGCAGGAGGAGUGCAACACUUGCACCUGUGAGAGUGGAAAGUGGGCGUGUACCAAGCAGCAAUGCUCAGGAGUUUGUACGGCCUGGGGGGACUCACAUAUGAUCACAUUUGAUGGAUCAGAAUUUGACUUUGAAGGCGUUUGCACGUAUCUACUGGCUAAGGGUGUGUUGGACGGACAAGAUGGCUUCAGCGUAGAAAUCCAGAAUGUUCCUUGCGGUACAGCUGGAGCGACAUGUUCCAAGGCACUAACGCUUAAAGUUGGAAGUGGUGGUGCAUCUGAAGAAAUCGUCACACUAGCGAAGAACACGCCUCUACCUGAUGGCAAGAACUUAAGGAGAAUUAAAAUUCGCACAGCGGGUGCGUAUACGUUCCUGGACGUACCAUCUGCAGGUGUGAGCGUGCAAUGGGACCGCGGACUCCGUGCCUAUGUGAAACUAGAUUCUAUGUGGCGUAAUAGGGUGAAAGGUCUCUGUGGCAAUUACAAUGGCGAUACUCGAGAUGACUUCCAGGCGCCCUCUGGCGGUGGACUUGCAGAAACAUCUCCACUUCUCUUCGCUGAUUCCUGGAAAUUGAAAGCAACUUGUCCAAAAGCCGUUGAAGUUACUGACCAUUGCGAAGAUCGACCCCAUCGCAAAGAAUGGGCAUCGUCAACUUGUGGAGUAUUAAAGAAGUAUCCAUUCACAAUGUGCCACAGUGAGGUACCCGUUAGUGGGUUCGUAUCGCGAUGUGAAGCGGACGCGUGCGCGUGCGACUCGGGUGGAGAUUGCGAGUGUGCGUGCGCGGCCAUCGCCACGUACGCGCACGCGUGCAAUGCUAGGGGCGUGCACGUCAAAUGGCGCCAUCAGGAGUUGUGUCCUAUGCAAUGUGACGAAGAGUGCUCCAACUACAACGAAUGUAUAUCUGCGUGUCCACCAGAGACGUGUGACAACACACUUGACUACGCUGAAAUUAAGGCAGUUUGCGAACAAGAAACUUGCGUUGAAGGUUGCAAAGCAAACAAAACAUGUCCAGAGGGAACAGUUUACUCCAAUAGCACCUUAAAGGAAUGUGUUCCUCGGUCAAAGUGUAAACCAGUUUGCAUGACCCUUCCCGACGGCACUGAGAUAUUGGAGGGAGAGGUCAUAGAACAAGACACUUGUCAUACUUGUAGAUGUUCUAAGAAAGUUCGUGUUUGUACUGGACAGCCGUGUUCUACUGAAGCGACAAGCCCAGAACCAACAUCGCCACCAGAAACAACACCUCACGAUGAAGCCUUCAGAUGCAGCGAUGGUUGGAGUGAAUGGAUUAAUCGUGGCCCUUCUGAGAUCGGUCCCACUGGCGAAUCUAAGGAUGUUGAGCCAUUGCCUUUACCUAAAGAAUUUGUAAGUGGUACACCAAUGUGCAAGCGAGACAACAUGACAAAGAUCGAAUGUCGUACUGUGGGUGACCACAAAAGCCCGAAGGAAACUGGCUUAAACGUGGAAUGUAGCUUAGAGAAGGGUCUUGUCUGCAGUGAACGGGAGAAGACUUGUCCGGACUUUGAGAUACGCGUCUUCUGUCAAUGUGAAGAAAUAUUCCAAUGUUUGGACUCGACUCAUCCGAACCACCCACAUCCCACGGACUGCAGCAAAUUCUACGAAUGUACUCCAAACCCUGGAAUGCCUCAUCCUCACGCUGUGCUGAAGGACUGUCCACCAGGUCUCAUGUACCACUCAACCUUAAUGGUCUGUGACUGGCCAGCGGCUGUCAUUGCCGAUAGACCUGAAUGCGGAGAAGAGACUACCGUACCUUCAACAAAGACAGCCACAGAACCAACUACAGUACGAACAACUCAAGCUACGACAAGUACAGAAUCAACCACAAGUAUAUGUCCGCCGGGUCAAGUGUACAAAGAAUGUGCGUAUCCUUGCGACAAACUUUGUGAUCACUUCAAACGUGCCCUGCAGGAUAAAGGACAAUGCUUUAUUGGAGAGAAAUGUAUCAGCGGCUGCGUUGACCAUUCAGUCGAUAAUAUGAAAUGUGAAUUUGGAUCCCUCUGGAGAGAUGAGAAGACCUGUGUUCCUGUCAAAGAUUGUACCUGUCAGUACGAAGGUAAAAUUAUAAAGCCGGGUGGUGUCGUAGUAGUUGACGACUGUACUAAAUGCCAAUGUCUGGACAAUGAACUUCACUGUGACUCCAGUGACUGCGUGUCUAUCAUUGUUCCUAUCAAAGGCUCCACUCAUUCACCAAUGAUCUUCCCUGAAUCUCACAAAUCGCCUUCUACCACUACAACAUCCACUACAACCACUACUUCCACCACUACUCCUGCUACUAUACCUACGGUACCUAGUACACCAACUAUACCUCCUAGUACGACACAAGUUCCUUCUACCACGGAAACGACAACUAUUUUCAUAAGAUCUACAGUAACACCGCCACCAAAAUGUAACCCAGAUAACUAUAAAAAACUACUAUGGGAGGGCACUCCACUGCCCGCUAGUGCCUUCACGGCAAGUUCCGCUGCUAGUCCUAUGUUUGAACCCUAUUUCACUCAACUUGAUGGACGACCUUCUGAAAAUUCUGCCGGAAGCUGGAACCCAUAUCCAAUAGACGACAAGCAAUAUGUACAAGUGGAACUACCUGAAAAGACCCCAGUUUACGGUGUGGUGAUGCAGGGUAGCCCUCUUUUCAACCAAUAUGUUACUAGCUACGAAGUCAUGUAUGGAGAUGAUGGGAAUGUAUUCUCUUAUGUUGACAGCCCAAGCGGCAAGCCACAGGUAUUCCGUGGUCCCGUAGAUCAUACGUCACCACUAAAGCAGAUGUUUGAAAAGCCAUUUGAGGCUAAAUUCGUUCGUAUUCACCCGCUCAGCUGGCACGAAGAAAUUGCCGUCCGCUUUGAACUUAUAGGAUGCGAGGAAUUUACUACUACUGUCACUACACCUACCACAGUUACUACUACCCCCACUACCGUUCCUUCCACAGCAAGCACUCCUCCCACUCCUACUACUCCUACCACUCCCACUCCUACUACUCCUACCACGCCUACCACCAUCAUUCUGACAACGCUGGCGCCAACUACCCCCGAACCACUGCAAUGUACGGAGCCUUUGGGAUUGGCAGCUGAUUUACCGAUAGACAUGAUUGAAGUGAGCUCUAACAAUGAUGGUAGACCCAACUUUAAGCUCGAUGGCACCAAGGGCUGGAAACCAACAUACAGUACUCCUGGAGAAUGGAUUAUGUUUAACUUCACAUCUCCUCGAAACAUUACUGGCAUCAAAACUAAAGGUGGUCCUAGUGGGUGGGUCUCAUCAUACAAUAUCAUGUACACCUGCGAUCUUUCCACUUUUAAUCCAGUGGUUGAUGAAAGUGGGAAAUAUAAACUGUUCCCUGGCAAUUUUGAUGCGGAUUCAGUUGUUAUGAACGAAUUCAGACCAUCUCUACGUGCACAGUACUUGAAGGUCCUACCGCUUAAGUGGAAUGAGGCUAUUGAGAUGAGAGUGGAGCCCAUUGGAUGCUUCGAACCAUAUCCAUUACCUGAAGAAGAGAAGGACGAGCGGGUUCCCUUGCCCAAACCGCCGUGCGAACUGUGCCCGAAUGUACCUGAAUCGACUCUAAGUCAUACGUGCGCUUGCGCACUACCUUAUUACUUCGAUGGAGAAAACUGUGUUCCUAGAGAUCAGUGUCCUUGCAUGGUUGGAUUUAUGUCAUAUCCAGUAGGAUCUUCUUUCCGUGGCGACAAGUGUGACGAUUGUAUGUGUAAGUUGGGCGGAAUCACCGACUGUCGGCCAGCCGCGGACUGCAUAUGUGCGCCGGACCUUGUACCUCAUUUAUCACCUUCAUGCGAGUGUCUUUGCGAGCCGUGUGCGAAUGGUACAAAAAUAUGUCCGACGAGCAAGCUAUGUCUUCCAUUGGAGAAGUGGUGCGAUGGUCUACAAGACUGUCCUGAUGAUGAACGCGACUGUACCACACGUGCUCCUGUCACGGAAACUGUCAUCACGACUGUAGUGCAUACAGAGGCAAAUACUCCACCUACGGUCACUACUCCUGCAACUACCAUUGCUACUACUGAAAAACCGAAAGAAUGCCCGAAAGUAGAAUGCCCACCUGGCUACACUGUCAUGUACACCUCAAACACCCGAUCGAGCUACUCUCGUAGUACUUCUGACCUUCCACCACCAAGACCCAGAUACUCCUACCAGCGCUACUACCGGGGUGGUUUUGCUAAAGGAGGCUUCUCAAAGGGCGGAUUCGCGAAGACUGGUCCUUCGAAAGGAGGCUUCUCGAAAGGUCCACCCGCCCCUCCGCGUCAGAACCAAGCGUUCUCAUUGGACAAGCCAUCACCAACGAACAACACGAACAAACAGGAGUGUGCGCAAUUCAAGUGUAUCCCCGCUCUCCCCCCGCCAUUCAGACCUGGAUCAACACCCGCUCCGGUCGUCUGCUCCACACCAGCUUGUCCUCCUGAUUACACCCUCAAACUUGAAAGCGUGUCCACUGAGAUCAACAGAUGUCCACAAUACGUGUGUGUACCACCCCCGGACAGGCCGGUGUUCUGUAAUGUUACGGGACGCACGUUCAAUACAUUCGACGGUAUGGAGUACAAAUUUGACGUGUGCUUCCACAUACUGGCUAGGGAGAACCGAUUUGAUGCUUGGACAGUUCUCGCUCGCAAGAAGUGCUCAGUAGACCAAGGUUGUACAAACGAGUUGCUGGUCCUGCAAGAUGACCAACUGAUUCUGGUGAAGCCAAAUCUAAUGAUAGAGUAUGACAACUACGAGUACACCGUCGAGCAGACCAGCAAAAUCUGCUUCCAGAAGAACAGCUUUGACGUCUUCCGUCUUGGAAAUGGACUGGCAAUACAAUCAAGGAAAUAUAACUUCACGGUUCUGUACUCUACGGAUGGUGACGUUAAGAUUGGGGUAUCCAAAAAAUACAUGGGCCACGUAGACGGAUUAUGCGGCGCAUAUGACGGUGAGAUCUCGAACGACCGACGACUACCAAACGGUCGUCUCGCUCAAAGCAUAUCAGAAUUUGGAACAGCUUGGGCCAAACCAGGGCUGCCACGAGAUGCUUGCAAGACCAAAGUGAUUUCACCACAGAAGCAGAAGCGUGUGUGGGAUCUGUGUAACGUCAUCACCCAGGAACCAUUAUCGGAAUGCGCCAAAGUUCUUCCAUUGGACAAAUGGCGUAGUAUCUGUCUAGAAAAGAUAUGCGAGUGCGCAGAAAUGGUUAUCAACGGAACAAAGCGUACUGAGGAACAGUGCCGAUGUCUUCUCCUAGAACAAAUGGUAGCCGAAUGUCUCGCAGCUGAUAAGAAUAUUAAUGUGGAUACUUGGAGAAUACAAAACGAUUGCCCUGCCGAUUGUCCCCCACCCUUAAUCCACUACGACUGCUACCGGAAACGUUGCGAGCCCUCCUGCGGUCCUCUUUCUGCGGUAUCUGACUGUUCUGCUGAAGAUGGACAAUGCUUCCCCGGAUGUUACUGCCCUCCAGGAAAAUUGAGAAAGGCUGACCAAUGUGUGGCGCCUCACGAUUGUCUUGACUGUGUGUGUACGGGUGUCGGUACGCCAGCGAAGUACGUGACAUUCGAAGGUGAUGACUUACCGUUCCUUGGUAAUUGUACUUACCUUGCGUCCAGGGACCGCAAUGAGACCGGACAACAUAAAUAUCAGGUUUACGCUACAAACGGACCCUGCGAAGAAAACAUCGGUGUAGUUUGCACAAAGGCGGUCCAUCUUAUAUACGAAAAACAUGUUAUACAUAUAACCAAGGAUCCAGAUAGCAAAAAGCUAAUAACAUCAGUGAACGGACAGCAAGUGUUCCGCUACCCGCUCGACAACGAAUGGGCUGAGAUUUCUCUCGUGUACGGACAAGACAUCAGUGUUAUCAUCUCUGACUUACAUCUUGAGUUGCAAGUUAAACAGAACAAAAUGGAGUUCAUCGUACAAGUACCGUCAUAUCUAUACGCAAACAAAACGGAAGGUCUUUGCGGCGUAUGCGCAGGUUAUCAGGAACAUCUUUUAACUAGCAAUGGAACUGUCACAGAUAAUUUCGAUACGUACGGCAAGAGUUGGCAAGCUGCACCCGAAGUUCUGAAAACGCUAGAGAUCCCUCCACAAGAGCAAUGCGGGGAAUUACCGCCCACACCGGAAUGUAUCUCUCUUCCACCUGAAUCUAACCCCUGCUACAACAUACAUAACGUGGACAAGUUUGGAGCUUGUCACGCGUUAGUAGACCCGCAGUCGUACAUAGAGAGCUGUGAAGCCGAGCUUUGUGACUUGAACACUACGGACGCGUGUCCGACAUUGGAGCGAUACGCGGCCGAAUGCCGUAAACAGGGGGUGUGUUUGGACUGGAGGACGGAUCUUUGCCCCUAUACAUGUGAGAAUCCUCUCGUAUACCGAACGUGCGUGGAUUGUGAACGUACUUGCGAAAACCACGAAGAGCUCGUGAACAAUCCUAAGAAGUGCGAUCAAGCUCCUAUUGAGGGCUGCUUCUGUCCUGAAGGGAAAGUCCGAGUAAACAGCACCUGUAUCGAGCCAUCAAAGUGUUUCCCAUGUGAUUCUAACAGCGAACAUUAUGCAGGAGAUGAAUGGCAGGAGGACGCGUGUACAAAAUGCACGUGCAGCAAAGUAACGGACAAGAACAUGGCGCACGUAGCGUGCACGACACAGACGUGCACUGUGCCCGUUUGCAGCGAACAAGACGACCUCGUCAAGAUGGCUACUAAGAUUGGAGCGUGUUGUCCCGAAUAUAUGUGUGUGCCAAAACCUAAGAAACCAGAAAUCAAGUGCGAAGAGCCAAAGAAGAUGGAUUGUGGAUUUGGUCAAGUGCUCAAACAGAAGACAAACUCGGACGGAUGUCCUGAAUUUGCUUGCGAAUGUAAACCAGCCAGCGAAUGUGAGGAAAUACCCGGAGAGAACGAAGUGGAAAUGCUCGAACCGGGUAUCGAACGUGUGAUCGACCGCACCGGAUGUUGUCCCAAAGCCCAACUCGUAUGUCGUCCCAAUAAUUGCCCUAAAGCUCCUGAUUGUCCCAAGUUCCAUACUCUAGAAACAACAAACGCCACUAGCCAGUGUUGCCCGGAAUAUAAAUGCGAAUUGCCUAAAGAUAAAUGCUUGGUAAACUUGGAAUGGGAGGCAGCUUCGCGAGGGGGCGAGAAACCCAGAACGACACCACAGGUCAUGCUUAAAGAGAUAGACUCAGCUUGGCUAGACGGACCGUGUCGAUCGUGUCGUUGCGUACAAUCGGGUACUGCGCACGCGCAAUGCAGUGUCACAGAAUGUCCUGCUAUUGUCUCGAGUGAACAGUUUGUGGUUGAGGCCCGACCAGUGCCGUUUGCCUGCUGUCCAAGGCCUGUGCAAACUGCUUGUAGACAGGGAGAUAUCAUAUAUAAGGUCGGCGAGAGUUGGAAGUCGGCAAACAACGCUUGCGAGUCAUACCAAUGCAAAGAAGUAGCGGACGGGAAGUUGGAAAUCGUCACCACCGUACAGAACUGUGAUAGCACUUGUCAGCUUGGCUGGGAAUACGUAGCAGCGAACGUAGAUAGUGGCGAAUGUUGCGGACACUGCAAGCCUGCUGCUUGUAUCGUCCGAGGGGAGAUACACAAUGUGUCUGACACCUGGACUUCUCCCGACUUCUGCUCUAACUUCACAUGUGCUCUCGUCGACAAUAAUCUUCAAGUCCUAUCAGAGACUGAGCAGUGUCCCGAAAUACCUGAAGCGACGUUGAAACAGUAUGUGUUGAGUGAUGAAAAAGUUCCCGGAAAAUGCUGUCCCAAACGCGAGCCUACCGCGUGUCGAGUCGGAAACGAGAUAUAUCAGGAAGGCCAAACAUGGCCAACAUCAGACCCGUGUAAGAACGUGACCUGCAGUCGUGAUGUCUCUGGAAAACUAACCCAAACAGAGGAAGUACAAAGUUGUGAUACACAGUGCAAGCGUGGAUGGGCGUAUAAGACCCCAUCUAAGGAUAAAUGCUGUGGGCACUGUGCCCAAGAACAGUGUGUAGUCGCCGGGGAAUUGAAGGAACCUGGUUCAACAUGGAAAUCAUUAGAUAACUGUACAACGUACACGUGCGAGAAGCUAGAAGAGGAGGUGUUCGUGACGUCAUCCCGCGUGCAAUGUCCGGACUUGUCUGCGUGUGCACCUGACGACAUCGUUACGGAGGACUGCUGUCAAGUUUGUAGGGAGAAACCGAAAUCGCAAAGCAAGUGUGUCCCCGCGGAAGUGAAUGCCCAAGAUUCAGUGGGUCUGAUCCGAAUAUCCAGUGGGUCUCAUGGUUUGUGUGUCAAUAAGGAACCAUUGGCUGGCUUCCGAGAAUGCCGCGGCGCCUGCGAUUCGGGAACGCUGUAUAACAACCAAACGGGUUCCCACGAAUCUCUUUGCGAAUGCUGUACGGCAAGCAGAUACGCUCCGAUGGUGAUCCAACUUACCUGUGAAGAUGGGAUCAAGACUCCUCAUCGCGUGGCUUCUCCGGCAGAGUGCGUGUGUCGUCAGUGCGGGGAGACCAUAAGCGAUUGGCCACUACAUGCAAGUCCCCGACCCCACUACAUAAGCACAAUCGGCUACAAGGGUAGAGGCGGGAAGCAAGUUGUACCAGAUAUGUACAAACGCUUCGGAACAGCAGAAAAGUACUAAAUAUCCAGAAACUUCUAAAAUAUAUACUCAAUUAAUUGUAAAUAAAAAAUAAUAUUGAAACGGAUUUU